AUGAGUACGGACGCGGAGAUGGCCGUUUAUGGCAAGGCUGCCAUUUAUCUCCGUAAGCCUGAGAAAGAGAGGCUUGAGGCUCAAAGCAAACCUUUUGAUGCCAAAACUGCUGCAUAUGUGACUGAUGUUAAGGAGCUGUACCUCAAAUGUACAAUCCUGAAGAGAGACGGUGGCAAAGUCACCGUUAAAGUGCUUGACACCCAGGACGAGAAAACGGUUAAGGAGGAUGAUGUGACCCCAAUGAACCCUCCCAAGUUCGACAAAAUUGAGGACAUGGCCAUGAUGACCCAUCUCAAUGAAGCUUCUGUGCUGUAUAACCUCAAAGAGCGUUAUGCCGCAUGGAUGAUUUACACCUACUCUGGGCUCUUCUGUGCCACCGUGAACCCCUACAAGUGGCUCCCGGUGUACGAUUCUGAGGUUGUUAAUGCCUACAGAGGCAAAAAACGUAUGGAGGCUCCACCCCAUAUCUUCUCUGUCUCUGACAAUGCCUAUCAGAACAUGCUUACUGACAGGGAGAACCAGUCUAUCUUGAUCACUGGAGAAUCUGGUGCUGGAAAGACUGUGAACACUAAGCGUGUCAUUCAGUACUUUGCCACAAUCUCUGUGGGUGGAGACAAGAAGAAGGACCAAACUUCUGGGAAGAUGCAGGGCUCACUGGAGGAUCAGAUUAUUGCAGCCAAUCCCUUGCUGGAGGCCUACGGUAAUGCCAAGACUGUGAGGAAUGACAACUCCUCUCGCUUUGGUAAAUUCAUCAGAAUCCAUUUUGGCACUUCUGGUAAACUGGCUAGUGCUGAUAUUGAGACCUAUCUGCUGGAGAAGUCCAGAGUGACAUUCCAGCUUCCAGAUGAGAGAGGCUACCACAUCUUCUACCAGAUGAUGACCAACCACAAACCUGAGCUGAUUGAAAUGACGCUCAUCACCACCAACCCAUAUGAUUUCCCCAUGUGCAGCCAGGGUCAGAUCAGUGUGGCUAGCAUUGAUGACAAAGAAGAGUUGGUUGCUACUGAUACAGCCAUUGAUAUCCUGGGCUUCACCCAUGAUGAGAAGAUGUACAUCUAUAAGCUGACAGGUGCUGUGCUUCACCAUGGUAACAUGAAGUUCAAGCAGAAGCAGCGUGAGGAGCAGGCUGAGCCAGAUGGCAAUGAGGAUGCUGACAAGAUUGCUUAUCUGCUGGGCCUUAACUCUGCUGACAUGCUGAAGGCUCUGUGCUACCCCAGGGUAAAGGUGGGAAAUGAGUAUGUCACAAAAGGACAGACUGUGGCUCAGGUUCAUAACUCAGUGAGUGCCUUGGCUAAGUCUAUCUAUGAGAGGAUGUUCUUGUGGAUGGUCAUCCGUAUCAACCAGAUGCUGGAUACCAAGCAAGCAAGGCAGUUCUUCAUUGGGGUCCUGGACAUUGCUGGUUUUGAGAUCUUUGAUUUCAACAGCAUGGAGCAACUGUGCAUCAACUUCACCAAUGAGAAGCUGCAGCAGUUCUUCAAUCACCAUAUGUUUGUUCUGGAGCAAGAAGAGUACAAGAAGGAGGGUAUCAUCUGGGAGUUUAUUGACUUUGGCAUGGACUUAGCUGCCUGUAUUGAGCUUAUUGAGAAGCCCAUGGGUAUCUUUUCCAUCCUUGAAGAGGAGUGCAUGUUCCCCAAGGCUUCAGACAUAACCUUCAAAAACAAACUGUAUGACCAGCAUCUUGGAAAAACCAAAGCUUUUGAAAAGCCAAAACCUGCCAAGGGCAAGGCUGAGGCCGACUUCUCUCUGGUGCACUAUGCUGGGACUGUGGACUACAAUGUCAGGGGGUGGCUGGACAAGAAUAAGGAUCCUCUGAAUGACUCGGUUGUGCAGCUGUAUCAGAAGUCUGGAGUUAAAUUGCUGCCCGUUUUGUAUCCCCCUGUUGUUGAAGAGGUUGGAGGUAGCAAGGGAGGCAAGAAGAAGAAGGGUGGUUCUAUGCAGACUGUGUCUUCACAGUUCAGGGAAAACUUGGGAAAGCUGAUGACUAACUUGAGGAGCACCCAUCCUCACUUUGUGCGUUGCCUGAUCCCCAACGAGUCAAAAACUCCAGGUCUGAUGGAGAACUUCUUGGUUAUCCACCAGCUGAGGUGUAACGGUGUACUGGAGGGUAUCAGAAUUUGCAGAAAAGGUUUCCCCAGCCGAAUCCUUUAUGGUGACUUCAAGCAGAGGUACAAAGUGCUGAACGCCAGUGUUAUCCCUGAGGGGCAGUUCAUUGACAACAAGAAGGCUUCUGAGAAGCUUCUUGGGUCAAUUGAUGUUGAUCACGAGCAGUACAAGUUUGGACAUACCAAGGUGUUCUUCAAAGCUGGUCUGCUGGGUACUCUUGAGGAGAUGCGAGAUGAGAAGCUUGCUAAACUGGUCACCAUGACUCAGGCCCUCUGCCGUGGUUACCUGAUGAGAAAGGAGUUUGUUAAAAUGAUGGAGCGGAGGGAAGCCAUUUACACCAUCCAGUACAACGUCCGUUCUUUCAUGAAUGUCAAACACUGGCCAUGGAUGAAGGUGUACUACAAGAUCAAGCCUCUUUUGAAGACUGCUGAAACUGAGAAGGAGCUUGCCAAUAUGAAGGAGAACUAUGACAAAAUGAAAUCAGACCUGGCUACUGCUCUGGCCAAGAAGAAAGAACUGGAAGAGAAGAUGGUUUCUAUUGUGCAAGAGAAGAAUGACCUGCAGCUACAAGUGGCAUCUGAAUCAGAGAAUCUGUCAGAUGCUGAGGAGAGAUGUGAAGGACUUAUCAAGAGCAAGAUCCAACUGGAGGCUAAACUCAAAGACACAACCGAGAGGCUGGAGGAUGAGGAGGAAAUUAAUGCUGAGCUGACUGCCAAGAAGAGGAAGUUGGAGGAUGAAUGCUCUGAGCUUAAGAAAGACAUUGAUGACCUGGAGCUUACCUUGGCCAAAGUGGAGAAGGAGAAACAUGCCACCGAGAACAAGGUGAAGAACCUCACUGAGGAGAUGGCCUCUCAGGAUGAAAGCAUUGCUAAGCUGACAAAGGAGAAGAAAGCCCUUCAAGAGGCACAUCAACAGACUCUUGAUGAUCUGCAGGCAGAAGAAGAUAAAGUCAAUACGUUGACCAAAUCCAAAACCAAGCUUGAGCAGCAAGUGGAUGAUCUUGAAGGUUCUCUGGAGCAAGAGAAGAAACUCCGCAUGGACCUUGAGAGAGCCAAGAGAAAGCUCGAGGGUGAUCUGAAACUGGCUCAAGAAUCUAUCAUGGACCUUGAGAAUGACAAACAGCAGUCUGAUGAGAAACUGAAGAAGAAGGACUUUGAGACAAGCCAGCUUCUGAGUAAGAUUGAGGAUGAACAAUCUUUGGGUGCUCAACUACAGAAGAAAAUCAAGGAGCUCCAGGCUCGUAUUGAGGAACUGGAGGAAGAAAUUGAGGCUGAGCGUUCUGCUCGUGCCAAGGUUGAAAAACAGAGAGCUGACCUCUCCAGGGAACUUGAAGAGAUCAGUGAGAGACUUGAGGAGGCUGGAGGAGCCACUGCUGCUCAGAUUGAGAUGAACAAGAAGCGUGAAGCUGAGUUGCAGAAGCUGCGUCGUGACCUUGAGGAGUCCACUUUGCAACAUGAAGCAACUGCGGCUGCACUCCGCAAGAAGCAGGCUGACAGUGUUGCAGAGCUGGGAGAGCAGAUUGACAACCUGCAGCGUGUCAAGCAGAAGCUUGAGAAAGAGAAGAGUGAAUACAAGAUGGAGAUCGAUGACCUCUCCAGCAACAUGGAGGCUGUUGCAAAGACCAAGGGAAAUCUUGAAAAGAUGUGCCGCACACUUGAAGACCAGCUUAGUGAACUCAAAGCUAAGCAUGAUGAGACUGUUCGCCAGAUAAAUGAUAUAAGCAGUCAGAGGGCAAGGCUGAUGACAGAGAAUGGUGAGUUUGGUCGUCAGCUUGAAGAGAAAGAGGCUCUGGUCUCCCAGCUGACCCGAGGAAAACAGGCCUUCACACAGCAGAUUGAAGAGUUUAAGAGACAGGUCGAGGAGGAGGUUAAGGCCAAGAAUGCUCUUGCCCAUGGUGUGCAAUCUGCUCGCCAUGACUGUGAUCUUCUGAGGGAGCAGUUUGAAGAGGAGCAGGAGGCCAAGGCUGAGCUGCAGCGUGGAAUGUCUAAGGCUAACAGUGAAGUGGCCCAGUGGAGAACCAAGUAUGAAACUGAUGCUAUCCAGCGCACUGAGGAGCUGGAGGAGUCUAAGAAAAAGCUUGCCCAGCGUCUCCAGGAGGCUGAGGAGCAGAUCGAGGCUGUGAAUUCCAAGUGUGCCUCUCUGGAGAAGACCAAACAGAGACUCCAGAGUGAAGUGGAGGACCUCAUGAUUGAUGUGGAGAGAGCAAAUGGUCUUGCUGCAAACCUUGACAAAAAGCAGAGAAACUUUGAUAAGGUCUUGGCAGAAUGGAAACAGAAAUAUGAAGAGGGUCAGGCAGAGCUUGAAGGAGCUCAGAAAGAGGCUCGGUCUCUCAGCACUGAGCUGUUCAAGAUGAAGAACUCCUAUGAGGAGGCUCUUGACCAGCUGGAGACCAUGAAGCGUGAGAACAAGAACCUGCAACAGGAGAUCUCAGAUCUGACUGAGCAGAUUGGUGAGACUGGAAAGAGCAUCCAUGAGCUGGAAAAAUCCAAGAAGCAGGCUGAGACAGAAAAGUCUGAGAUCCAGACAGCUCUUGAGGAGGCUGAGGGAACCCUGGAACAUGAAGAGUCCAAGAUUCUGCGUGUCCAGCUGGAACUCAACCAAAUUAAGGGUGAGGUUGACAGGAAACUGGCGGAGAAGGAUGAGGAGAUGGAGCAAAUCAAGAGGAACAGCCAGAGGGUGGUUGACUCCAUGCAGAGCACUCUGGACUCUGAGGUCAGGAGCAGGAAUGAUGCCCUGAGAAUUAAGAAGAAGAUGGAGGGAGACCUGAAUGAGAUGGAGAUUCAGCUGAGCCAUGCUAACCGCCAGGCUGCUGAGGCUCAGAAGCAGCUGAGGAAUGUUCAAGGACAAUUUAAGGAUGCCCAGUUGCACCUUGAUGAUGCUGUCAGAGCACAGGAGGAUCUGAAGGAGCAGGCUGCCAUGGUGGACCGUAGAAAUGGUCUCAUGGUGGCUGAAAUUGAGGAGCUGAGGGCUGCUCUGGAACAGACAGAGAGAGGCCGCAAAGUGGCUGAACAAGAGCUGGUGGAUGCUAGUGAACGUGUUGGUCUGUUACACUCUCAGAAUACAAGCCUUCUGAACACAAAGAAGAAGCUUGAGGCUGAACUCAUUCAGGUCCAAAGUGAAGUGGAUGACACUGUUCAGGAAGCCAGAAAUGCAGAGGAGAAGGCUAAGAAGGCCAUCACUGAUGCUGCUAUGAUGGCGGAGGAGCUGAAGAAAGAGCAGGAUACAAGUGCUCACCUAGAGAGGAUGAAGAAGAACCUGGAGGUCACUGUCAAGGACCUGCAGCAUCGUCUAGAUGAGGCUGAGAACCUGGCCAUGAAGGGUGGCAAGAAGCAACUCCAGAAACUGGAAUCUAGGGUGCGUGAGCUGGAAACAGAAGUUGAGGCUGAACAGAGACGUGGAGGAGAUGCUGUUAAGGGUGUUCGCAAAUAUGAGAGGAGGGUGAAGGAACUUACAUACCAGACUGAGGAGGACAAAAAGAAUGUCAGUAGGCUGCAGGAUCUAGUAGACAAACUUCAGUUGAAAGUGAAGUCCUACAAGAGGCAGGCUGAGGAAGCGGAGGAACAGGCAAACUCUUACCUGUCCAAGUGCAGGAAGAUUCAGCAUGAACUGGAGGAGGCUGAGGAACGUGCUGACAUCUCUGAGUCUCAAGUCAACAAACUGAGAGCUAAGAGUCGGGACUCUGGCAAGGGAAAACAGGCUGCUGAAUAGAUUUGCUGACUUUCUCUAUUUUAUGCCUCUUCUUAUGAAGAAUUCAUAAAAUAUGAAUUCUUUGUUGUCAAUAAAUGUUGCUGCUAAAAUUA